UCCCUACCCUCGCCCGGUACCAGCAGGGCGGCACGGCACGGCUCAGCCCCCGGGCGCUGCCGGUGCUGGGCUUGGGCUGUCCCCGCUCGGGCAGCUAUGGGUAGCGCAGAGCCGGGCCGCCGCGGCCCUGCAGGGACCCCGUUGCUGAUGUGGAAAAGCUGCCGGCGGUUGUGUUCCGAUUCGCUGUCUGUAGGAGCCGGCUCGUUAAUUGCUUUAACUGUAUUUAGGAGGGUCCUGUUUAAAGGAAGGGUCGAAAUUGACACAGCGUUUGGGAUAGACAGUACUUUGAAAAAUAGAUGGAAAGCAGAGGCAGAUGAGAUGCACUAGCCUGAUGCUGAUUUCUGUGUUAAAGAUCAUGUUUCUGGUAAACUUUUCCUUCAGUGCAGCAUGCUAACCAUGUCCCCAGAGAAGGACAGGGACCUGUGGUAUCUCUGCUAAGAAAACUUACUGCUUCUAUGGCCUGCUGCUUUAGUGCACAAUUGAUGAUUUCACUUGAAAUACUCACCUGAAGAAAUUAACAGUAGGCAAGGUAUAACUGCUUUUUAACAAUGUUAAGAAUUCAGCAUUGUGUAACAGCUAGUAGGAUACCCAAGAAAAAGCCAUAUAUUUGUGACAUUUGCUAUAAGCAGUUUGAAACUCCAUCAAAAUUAGCAAGGCAUUAUCUGAUACAUACUGGUCAAAAGCCAUUUGAAUGUCAUGUGUGCUAUAAAACAUUUAGGCAGUUAGUCCAUCUGGAGAGGCAUCGAUUGACCCAUAAUCUGCCUUUUAAGUGUCAUUUUUGUCAUAGAAACUUCAAAAAUGUAAUUGCUUUAUUGAAGCAUCAGCAGCUUCAUAAUGAAAAUGAUCAGAAUUGUAUCAAGCAAGAAGAAAAAUCUGUGAGUUCUGAGCAGGAUGGGGUCACUCAUGGCAUAUUUCAAUGUUCUGUGUGCUGGAAGUCUUUUCCAACUGAAGAGAGGUGGAUGCUGCAUCAAUGUCAAAAAGCAGAUUGUCUACAGGGUACCAGAAGGAGAAAGAAAACUCACCCCUGUGAAUUGUGUAACAAGACAUUUCCAUCGAGAUCUAAGCUAGAACGACACUUUCUUAUUCACACUGGCCAGAAACCUUUUAAGUGUUCUUCAUGUGGCAAAUCUUUCAGACAGUCAACACAUUUGAAAAUCCAUCAGCUCAUGCAUACUGAAGAAAGGCCUUUUCAGUGCUGCUUUUGUCAGAAGGGAUUUAAAAUACAGAGCAAACUUAUGAAGCACAAACAGCUCCAUACCAGAAAUAAGGCUGUCUCCAAUAUCAUAUACAAAGGAAAAAAUAAACAUCUCAGACUACAGAAACUGUCAGAAGGAAAGAUGGAUAGUUUUGAGAAUGCUGACACAUUCAAAUUGCAGGAGAAUGACCCACAUGAUGUUUAUUUGAUUUAUGUCGUACCGUUUCAGUGUCCAGUGUGUGAGCAAUGUUUUGAGACGGAGGAAGUUCUAAAUUUGCAUAAAUGUUAUCUAAGCGAUAAGAAAAGCUUAAGUUACACAACAGCAUGCAGCCACACAGUCAGCAUGAAAAGCAAGAUCCUGAUGAAGCUGAAGCGCACUGGAGGAAAGCUAUCAGAUUUUCCUGUGACUGGCAGAGAAAAAAGGAAAUCAGGCCACCUUAGGAGUCCUGACCUGGUUGCAUUUAGAGAACAGCAAUCUGAUCAGAGUGUUUCCACAAAGUCUUCCAGGGACUACUGCAGCAAGCGUGACCUGUGCAAGGCAGUCAAUUGGAUGAAAAGUUUUACUGUGCCAUUACACUGGCAAGAGCACCUAGAAUCUCUCAAAGUAGGAAUUAAUUUAGAACGUGUGAUUACUGGAGAAAGUGUGUUAAGCAUCAAUGAUGGAGUGCGUAAUAGGGAUGAUGCUUUUUGUGGUUCAUCAGAUGAUGGCUUCUUUGAUAAUUCAGAAAUACUUCACUAUGCUUUUUCAGGUCCUUCUAAAAAUAUACGUAACAGACACAAAGUGUGUAAAUGUGACAGAUGUGAAAAAAUAUUUCCGUCUUCAUCCAAGCUUCAAAGACAUUAUCUUAUACACACAGGACAAAAGCCCUUUUGCUGUAGUAUUUGUGGGAAGACAUUUAGACAGUCAGCUCACUUAAAAAGACAUCAGCUCACCCAUACUGAAAAUGACUAUAAAAGCCCUGUUUGCCAGGUAGAAUUUGGAAAUCUGAACAAAUUCUUCAAUCAUCAGGAAGAUCACAUUGAAUUUGAGUCUUCUCAGCCUGUGAGUUAUUCAGGUUAUCCUCAAGCACCUUCGCAAGCACCUGGCUUUCAAGAAUUUGAGCUGACUCAGUCAAAUCAACAAGCUGAAAUCAAAGCUGAAAUUGAGUCAAGGGCCUUUGUUCUUGACACUGGCAGUAGAAACACAGAGCCUUAUUUGUGUAGUAAAUUGAUGGAAACGGAGCAAAGCUGUUACAGUUACUGGCACAAUUUUUCUGAAAGUAUUGAAAGAAGAAAACUGUAUCAGUGCAGUCUCUGCUUUAAGACAUUUAAAUCAUUUUCUAAGCUUGAAAGACAUUACUUCAUGCAUGCUGGACAGAAGCCAUUUGAGUGUUCAGUUUGUGGUAAAAGUUUCCGACAGUCUCCACAUUUGAAAAGACAUCACCUUACUCACUUUAAAGAGAGGUUAAAGCUGAGUUCCAGUCAGCAACGAUCAGAGAAUACAUUGUUUUCAUUGAACCUGGACGCUGUGCCCUGCAAUUAAUAUUUUUGAUUGCGUGAUUAUUAAAAGGAUUAUGUUAAACUAAAGAACUGACUGAACGUGAUUGUCUUUCUAUGUUGUGAAGAUGAUCUGAUGAGUUAAUUUGCUCUUUUCAGAACUGCCGGCUUGAUUAUAAAACUGGUAACUAUGAAAAGAUGGUAAAAACAAAACAAAGCAGUAAGAAAUCUUCACAUUUGUUUUCUUCAAUACAAGUUCUUACUGUAUUGAUGGUAUCAUGGCAAUCAGCAGUGCUCUUUACUUUUUCCUGUAUACUAUUUUUAUGAUGCUAAAGCUGUUCAGUGAUAAUUAUAAGGAAGUAACGAUAAAAAGGCAACUUCUGGAAUGCAGGAAAAGUAAAUUCUGCUUUCUUCAGGCUCCCUGUACAUUGCAAACAUUAAAAUGUUGCAUACGUUUGCUGUAUUUAGUUCAUAUUUUUUUCAAAAAAAGUUAGUUCUAGAUGAACAAGAUGCAGAAAAAAAGAACAAGCUGGAGAAGUGGAAAAUAAUAUUUAAUGAGAAAAACUGAUGACUGGCAUUUCAGAGGGAAAAAAAAAUAACUCCUCAUUUGUAAUGUGCUUGGAGAUCUAUGGGUGAGAAAUUACAUCCUUUCCUUAUUAAUGGUAAAAUGAAUAGGUUGUGCUAAAGUAGCACGGUUUUUAAUCAAUCCCGGUUACCACUUCAUUAUUUUCACUUCUUGCAGAAUCCUUUUUUCAUGCAAUAUUGAAUUAUUUUUCUGCAAGCAAAGAAAGCAAAAAAAUAUCAUGGAUAAUACACAUGCAGUUAUUUGUACCUUCUGUUGUGCACAUUGCACCAGUAAAAGAAAUGCACUCUUAGGUGUUAUAAACCAGGUAGGUAGUUUUGUUGGGAAAUCAUGUUCUUACUAUAUGAAAUAUAGGAGACUAAGAAGAAUUUUUUGCUCAUAGUAAGUAAUUUUGGUUUUGUGAAUAAAAUCUGUGGUUAUACUUCUGGUAAGUAGAGAGCUUUACCUGUUGUUCCUGUGGGUCUGGCAAAAAGUGUAAGUGCAGUGGAGCUUUAAUCAUCGAGAAAAAAAAA